AUGCGCCGUUACGCAUCCGACAUCAGUGCCCCCCGAAGGCUAGAGGAGGACGAUGCCGGGUAUGUGGCGGACUCGUCUUCGUCGUCGUCCGAGUACGGGGACGGCGAGGAGAGGCCGCUGCUGAGGAGGGAGACUGAGUGGUGGGCUAGCGCAGCGCCGAGUGCGAAUGCUAGUGUUGAGACUGUGGUGGCCGUGGGAAAGGUGAAAGAGGGGGGUGCACCAGUUGCGGGGUCGUCGGGGGGGUUGUGGGCAUAG